UCCGGCCCGGAAGGGUCAGAGGUCAGUGGGUGGUGACGAGCUGCUGCUAGUGGCAGUGUUCGCCGGUCCUGGGUCUAUGGCGCCACCGCAGCGAUGUCCUCUGUGUCGGCAAACUUUCUUCUGUGGUCGCGGGCACGUCUACAGCCACAAGCACCAGCGGCAGUUGAAGGUGGCUCUGGAGCGGCUUCUACCGCAGGUGGAGGCCGCCCGCAGGGCCAUCCGCGCCGCCCAGGUGGAGCGCUAUGUCCCCGAGCACGAUCGCUGCUGUUGGUGCCCGUGCUGUGGCUGCGAAGUGCGAAAACACCUGAGCCAUGGAAACCUGACAGUGCUACACGGGGGUCUGCUGGAACAUCUGGCUAGCCCAGAGCACAAGAAAGCCACCAACAAAUUCUGGUGGGAGAACAAGGCCAAUGCCCAGAUGAAAGAGAAGUUUCUGAUCUCCUCCCAGGAUUAUGCACGGUUUAAGAAGUCCAUGGUGAAGGGCUUGGAUUCCUAUGAGGAAAAGGAGGAUGAGGUGAUUAAAGAGAUGGCAGCUCAGAUCCGUGAGGUAGAGCAGAGUCGGCAGGAAGUGGUCCGAUCUGUCUUAGAGCCUCAGGCAGAGUCAGAUCCAGAAGAGGGUUCUUCAGCACCUGAAAGUUGGAAAGCGACCAAUGGCCAUGUAGCCUCCAGCUCACAGCAGGUAUCACACUUGGCCUUGCAACCUGUUGCAGAGCUUGAUUGGAUGGAGACAGGACAGCACCUAACAUUCAUUGGCCAUCAGGAUACACCCGGAGUUGGUAACAUUCACUCAGGUGCCACACCUCCCUGGAUGAUCCAAGAGGAGGAGCACAGCUCGGGAAGCCUCCCAAUAGGACCCUCCUAUGAAGAGUUUCUUAAAGAAAAGGAAAAACAAAAACUGAAGAAACUCCCUCCAGAUAGAGUUGGCGCCAACUUUGAUCACAGCUCCAACACCAGUGCAGGCUGGCUGCCCUCUUUUGGCAGAGUCUGGAAUAACGGACGCCGCUGGCAGUCCAGGCAUCAAUUCAAAACUGAAGCUGCAACAAGAAGCAAGCAGCCUCGUAAAGGGAAAAGCUGAAGGUUUCUGGGCUCAAUCUCUUCUCAUGGCGAACAAACCCAUUCCAGCUAUUAUUCCUAAGACCGAAUCCUCUCCACCUGCCUUAGGAAACAGAUGCACCCACUCAUUUGAUUCAAUAAAAUUUUAUUUUCCCAAAUGUA